ACUGGGUUGAGGGGGCGUGGCCUGGUGCGGCUGCUGUCCGGGAAGUAACUCUGUUUAUAAUAAGACUUUCAGUUCCGACUGUAAGGGAGAAAUCAGCGUCGACAAACGGUUAAGACUUUGUGAUUUAUUCCGAGUGUCAGUAAUGUCUAUAUUCAGUGACUGUUCUGUGGUCCUGGACCUGAAACACACCCCCUUUAAAGAGAAAAGAAAGCUUACGAAUGCUCUAUUGGACAAUGGAGGAAAUAUAUCAUAUAUAGUGAACCAGAAGUGCUCGUUUCUGGUUACGAACAAUUUGGAGAGCUUAAGCACCAGCAGGUGGAGGAGCGCUCAGAAACACCAGACACCUGUGGUCAGUCCGCAGUAUGUGUGGAAUUGCCUGGAGAAAGGACUUCUGCUACCUGUCCAAGAACAUGUCUUAAGCCCACUGAGCUCAGACCUCGCACCUGAACAAGAUCUACACCCUGGGCUGAAGUCCAGACAUCAGUCCCAGCCCCAAAACCAUGGGAUUCAUGAUCAGAAAGCUGCCAAUCAAGUGAAGGAUGGGACGUACCUGGGCCAAUUCAGAGUGUACAAGGACAAUGAUGACGAUAUACCAGAAUUUCCUUCAGAAUUUCACGUUGCCAAGUACUCCAUUUUGGCCAAGGCCCAUCUAAAGAUAUGGUCAGUUCUGGAGCUCCAGAGUGCCAAAGGCCAAGCGGGACAGCAGUAUCGUGUUGUGAGCUCCAUCGUGCAUGAGAAAGAGAAGAGUGUAAUUUUGGAUAAGCAGGUGCACAGCUGUAGCUCUGAGGAUGCUCUGGAGGCGUAUCUGAUGCUGAGGAAGGACCUGCAGGUCCAAGGCUUCACUCAGACACAGACACUACCCCCAUGGGCUGAAAAGCUGAUCUCCGACAGCCUACAGCAGCUGCUGUUGGAGGAGAAGCUGAACUGUAGCACAGUCUCACAGGAAGUGGGUACCUUUGUGGAACUCAUUUGGACGGAAGCUCUCGGUUCACUUAGCAGCAUCCUGACCGUCCCUGUUACCAGCAUCAGUCUCAAUGACGUGAGCAGGGUGGAAGGAUUACUGCUGCAGGUUCAAAAGAGUCAGCGUGAGGAUGAAGUAAAGGGUCUGCUGGAGGAAGUCAAGACUCUGCUACCUCUUCGAAUAAGAGAGCCAGACUCAAAAAACAAGCUGGUCUCCCAGAAACUAGAUCUCUGUCAGCUGAUCAGAGAUAUUCUGAACAUGUCGGAGGCGACUUUGGGAAACCCAAGUCCAUCUUCUCUGGGGAAAUAUCGUGCUCUGAGGUGUAGUAUAGAGCAGGUGCCACCACAAAGUGCAGAGUUUCUGUCUGUCUCUCAGCUUCUGGAGGACAGGCCAGCUCAGAUCCAGCAGAUACUUCGUGUGAGUAGAGGCACAGAGCUUCAUAUGUUUAGGAAUGAUCUCGGCAACGUGAAGUCUCUCCUCCAUUCCACUGCCUCCAGCAGCCUGGUCGGAAUCCUGUCUCGAGGUUUGUUACUGCCCAGAGUUGGAGUAGAGCAGCAUGGAAUCGAAAGAACAGACAUCGGGAAUCUGGGAAGCGGCAUCUACUUCAGUGACUCAUUAAACACGUCGAUGAAGUAUUCCAAACCCAGUGUGACUGAUGGCUGUCGGCUCCUGCUGGUGUGUGAGGUGGCUCUGGGCCAGUGUCAAGAUCUGCAUAAAAGGGAUUUCACCUUGACCUGCGCUCCUGAGGGCUACAACAGUGUGCAUGGAGUCCGCCGUACACGAAGAACACAAUCUGAUUUUGAGGAUGAUGAAUAUGUGGUCUAUAACACAGACCAGAUCAGGCUGAAAUAUGUUGUUCAGUAUUUUCUAAAUGAGGAUGAAAUCAAGGACUUUCAGCCUCACGUUGACACGACACUAGCGCCUCUAGAUUCAGAAUCAUCUUCUCACCUCUUGUCCAGUGAUGAUGGGGAAGGUUUAGGAGAGACCAAAAACCCUCUGGAGGAUGUGACUGCUGGUUUGUUGGACAGUAAUGGUCAGACACUCCCCCUGCAGGCCGUACAUGUGAGAUGUAAACUAAUGGACCUUCUCUCUCAGGUCAUCAUUUUUCAGACAUACACAAAUAACAGCAGUUUUCCUAUUGAGGCAAAGUAUGUGUUUCCUCUGGAAGAGACUGCAGCAGUGUGUGGCUUUGAAGCCUUCAUUAACGGGAAACAUGUUAUUGGAAAGGUUAAGGAGAAGGAGCAGGCACGUAAAGAAUAUAAACAGGCAAUAGAGAAAGGCCAUGGAGCCUACCUGAUGGACCAGGAUGCACCUGAUGUGUUCACCAUCAGUGUGGGAAACCUGCCCCCGGGAGCCACAGUGCUGAUCAAAGUGACGUUCAUCACUGAGCUGGUUGUGAGAGCAGGCACCAUCGUCUUUUCACUGCCAGGCAGUGUGGCCCCUUGGCAGCAAAGCUCAGCACUGAACCAGAGAACCCAGACUACCGUUGAAAAGGUCUGUGUGAACGAGCUUCAACCAGAGGGAGAAUUCUCUCUGUGCAUGUCUGUUGAGAUGCCCUAUGAGAUCAUUAACCUGGAGUGCUCUCAUCAAAUCAAAAUCAAGAGGACAGAUUGUAAGGCUGUAGUAAGCACCUUACCAGACCAGAUGCUCAGCACUGAUGGCUUCUGGUUUAGCUUUAGUCUGUUCCAGAUCCAUAUGCCAAGAAUGUGGGUGGAGAAACAUCCAGAGAAGGACACCGAGGCCUGCAUGCUGGUGUUUUAUCCACAGUUCGAGUCCAGUGAUGUUUCUGGGUCGGAUGUGAGUGAUGUGAUCAUUAUGCUGGAUACGUCAGAGUCCAUGCGAGGUGAUGGAAUGCUGAAUGCACGCAGGAUUGCUCUGAAGGUUCUCAACUCACUGGACCGUUCACUAAGAGUCAACAUCAUCUCCUUCGGCUCUGACUACAAAGAGGCCUUCCCUUCAGCAAGUUUGCUAGAGGAGGUUUUUGACGAAGCCAAGAAAUUCAUUAUGACCUUGGCUCCUGUUGGUGGCAGCACAGAGCUAUGGCGACCUCUGCGCACCCUGAAUCUGCUGCCUCCUUCACGUGGCAUAAGAAAUGUGUUGCUUAUCUCUGAUGGACAUGUGCAGAACCAGCCUCAAACCCUGCAGCUGGUGCGAAACAAUGUCAGACACACACGCCUCUUCACCUGCGGCCUUAACCCAACAGCCAAUCGUUACAUGCUGCGAGCGCUGGCUCAGGCAGGUGGAGGAACAUAUGAGUUUUUUGACACAAAGACAAAGCACACUUGGGCUGAGAAGGUGAAUUCUCAGGUGAGGUGCAUGCUAGCUCCAGGCUGCAGUUCUGUGGCAGUUAAGUGGCAGCAGUUCAACCCCACAGCUCCUUCUCCUGUUCAGGCUCCCUCACAGCUCCACGCCCUGUUCAACGACUGUCACACUCUGGUCUACGGAUUUGUCCCACACUGCACACGGGCCACGCUCUUUGGUGAUCUGAGUGGGAAGGAAAUUGAGACAAUGGUCUCUACUACAGAAUUACAGAAGACUAAAGGAACAUUCCUUCACAAGCUCACUGCAAGAGCAGUCAUCAGAGACUUUGAGGAUGGCAGCCUUGGAUGCAGUGAGGCAGAGCACGAGGGGAAGAAAGCAGAGCUGAAAUCCUACAUCAUCGAGCUCAGUAAAGAGUUCUCCAUCCUGUCCCAGUUUACCAGCUUUGUUGCUAUUGAAGAGCGAGACCAGGAUCAACCUGACUCUGGCUUUACCAACGUCCCUAAGAUCAUUGAAGAAGAAGAUGUGGAUAUUCUUCCUUAUAUGGCCUGGACAGAACAGAAAGAGUAUGGUGUGGAACCCACAGGAACGAGAUUGCAACUGUGUGAAGAGGAAGACGAGGAAAAACUUGACAGUGAGGAAGAAGUUGACAUGGGUUAUUGCCUUUUUGAUGCUGAAGAUUCUGAAUAUGCUGAAGGCGGCAGCUUAUUAGAUUUAUAUGCUUUAAAUUUGGAGGCCCAGGAAGAGAGUAGUUCACCCGGGUUUCCAGAAUUUACCUCCUUUGCCCAAACGAGUGCUUGCUCUGACGCUCUCCCUUAUUUCAGUGAAUGCCCAAGCUUCAGCAUGGUUGGUUCUGCUCUUUCUGACACUCUACCCUUGCAUACUCCUGAUGUCCUUGAUCUUAGUGCUUCAAGACCUGCUUCAGUUCCCUCCACUAAGAUAUUUUCUUCCUUCAGUAAUACUUCUGAAGUUCAUCCUACUCUUCCUAUAAGAGCUAGGCAUGUUUCAAGUAGUCUUGCUCGACAUGAGGCUAUGUUAGGUUCUGCACGCCUUACUUAUAAUAGAGCUGGUCCAGUUAUGAAAGACAUUGAUCAAUAUGCAGGUGUGAUUAGACCUGCACGCACGCAUAAGUCCUCUUUUGUUAGUCCUACACGAGCCAGUCAUUUUUCGGGAGGCAUUGAUCGGGAUGAGCCUAUGUAUGAAUCUGCAGGCCUUCCUUCUCUCCUUGCAGAAGCCUGUCAUGUUUGGAGACAGGAUGAUCUAUCUGAGAGGGGUGGUGGUUCUCCAGCUCCUCCUCCUCCUCCUUCAGGAGGUAGUCAUGUUUUAAGUGGCGUUGAUCUAUUUGGGCCUGCGGGUGGUCUUGCAGCCCCUCCCCCUCCUCCACCACCUCCAGGAGCUAGUAGUGUUUUGAGCGACUUUGCUCUACAUUAUGUGCCUAUGUCUGGUUUAGGUGCCCCUUCUUAUGCUCCUGUUUCUCCAUCUGCUGUUGCUAGUACAGGAGCACCUGCUAGACAAAGAACUGCUGCUUUUUGUUCAACUAGUUUUGGUUCCAAAGCAGCCCCUACUCCCCCUCCAAGUGUUAGUUUUAGAGACCUUCCUCAUACUGUUGAAUCUGAAGCCUCAGUUCCUCCUUCCCUGCCUAUUCAUUGGAAUACAAGCAGCUAUGAUGCUCAUUCUUUUGGUUCUAUUGGAGUCCCUGGUACAUUUUCCAGUCUUGUUAUUGGAGCCCCUGCUACAUCUUCCAGUCUUGUUUUUGGAGACCGUGCUACAUUAUCCAGCCAUGUUAAUGGAGCCCCUGCUAUAUUUAGUGAAAGGGCAGCAUCAGAGACUCCAUUACAAAAAAGUUGUAGUGCCCCUCCCCCCCCUGUUGCCUCAGCUCAACCUUGUGUUGCUGCCCCUGGAGCCCCUUUUUCUUAUUCUGGUAUUAAAUUCAGUCUCCCUGCUCGUCCUGCAAGUCCUGUUUUCGGAGCCUCUCCAUCAUCUUCUGCCAUUAAAUUCAGACCCCCUGUUGUUGCUGCUGCUGCUGCUCCUCCUCCUCCUCCUCCUAGUGCUGAUAUGCAUCAUGGAGCCUCAGACCUCGCUCAGCCUUGCUUUGUUCCUAAAGCAGUAGGUCGGUCUUUAAUGAGAAGGAGUAAAAAACGAAGUUCACACAGUUUUGAUCAUGAGAUGGUCAACGCCUACGAGACCCGCAGCACAGGUCCUCUUGAGACAGCAGAAAGCGACCAAGUGGAGACAGACAGCAUAAGAGAACAAUACAGACGACCUGACAGGAUCAACUGGGAGGAGCUGUUAAACCUCCAGCACCAGGAUGGCUACUGGGAAUGUACCGGGACACUAAGUAGAUUUCUCGGCUUGGAUGUAGACUUCUUUGCUAAUGUCUUCCUAAAAGAGAAAGGCAUCUGUUCUUUGGGUACAAAGGCUCAUGCUGACAUCCUGAAGCUGGUAGCCACACUGCUGGUUCUACAGUUGAUGCGAGUGUUGAAGAUAGCAGAGGGGAAACUGUUUCAGUCUCUCUUCCGCCUCACUGAUUACCCCGAGCCAAGGCCGGCCUGCUGGGAAGCAGUGACGAGAGCAGUGAAGUGGGUAUGCUGGGCAGACAGGCAGUACCCGUGCGUGUGCAGCAGGCUGGAGUUUGGCUCGGACUGGGAGUCCUGUACACGCCAGCUCCUGGGAUUGGACCCGCUGCCCCCCGUCUCACCCCUGAUCCCUUUGCUGCAGAGAAGAGCACCGGUCAUGUAGAACCUAGACUUUUUACUCAGCACAGCUCCUCUGGACUUUUAACUCCUCCUGGGACUGUAAACUAAUAUUAGAAAUGAAGAAUCCUUCCAUUGGAACAUUUCAGUCACCCAUUACUUACGUUUCAGUCUUUUAAACCAGUCAAUAGCAGCAAUUAAAUAAUUAUAUUUUAAAUGUUUUUUUUUUUGCAUGGUUCUUUGACAGAAGUUAUUGUUCUUCAGUAUCAUCAUUAAUUUGAUGGGGAGGCCAUUUUUAAACCAGUAAUGUUGUCUGAUAUUUGCAGUUUGUGUAGUGUUAUGUACUAUUACUUAAUCCUGUUUUACCCUCAGGGCAGACUUACUAUUGUUACUGCUAUUUUUGGUGAUUAAUGCAGAGUGUACUGGUGAAGGGAUUGGACUGCUUUGUGGGCUUCUCCCCACCGGAUGUAGUGUGCUAUUACUUUUUUUUUAAGGAAUGUGACUUGUGACAAUUUCCCCCUAAAUUCCCACGUAUCCAGUUUGAGUCUAGUUCAAUUCUGGUUCGAUUCUUACCUCGAGUUUGUGUGUGAGUAGUUUGCAUCUUCUCCCCAUGCAGUGUGGGUUUUCUCUAGGUACUCUGGUUUUCUCCAACAAUCCAAAGACAUGCACAGUAGCCUGAGUGUCAUUCUUGAAGUGCCUGUAGUGUGUGAAUGAGCAUGUAUGUGUGUGCCGUGCGAUGAACUGUUACCCCGUCCAGGCUAUACCCCACUUUUUUCCAUAAGUCUCCAAAAGACUUAAGAUCCCCCAGUAUUCCUAAAAUAAAUACAGUAAAUUCCUAAAUAUACAA